ACCGUUAUUAUAAAGCUCACACCUCGUUAACUGCCAAAGAUCCGUACGUCAUACCUCGGUAAGCCUGUGUCACUCUGACAGAAACAUCCUUAUGGAUCUGUCGAACAUUCAAGAAUGAGAAAUCCUUAUUGCGGUUUCCACGUGUAGACUGGAUCAUCAUCGACGCGGUAAGACGUAGAACAUCAGCUUUAAAAGAUGUUUCCAAAAUGUUAAAGCUACAUUUUCUCUAUACCCGAGUUCUAAUCCUAAGAACAUGCUUUGCAUACGAGUCAUAGACAUUCAAAGUUUUUAAACCAGAGACAGUCUUGUGUGCAAGAUCAAUACUUUCACAAUCUUAAGCCGAAGACAUCAACAUUAAAGACAUGGAGUUAAAUAAAAUGCUGUGACACCCAGCGAUAAGACGAUAUGUGAUGUUAGCGUCCUCUCAACAUUCUGACGAAUCGUCCGGGAUUACACGUUAUGCCUUGACGUGUCACGAUUAGACGUCGUUAGUAUCUAGUCCACCUGUAAGCUCGGACAAUGUGUUGUGGUACCUCCUCUCUGUGGGUGAGGUUUGCUCUAGCCCUCAUCAUCAUCGGGUUUAUAUUCGAGACGGUGGGUUUCGCAACAGCAACCUGGAUGUUCAACAACACAAGUGGCGAGACAAGGGUAGGACUGUGGAUCUCCCAGACCUGUAGUGGAUCCGUGUGUACCGACUCCGAAGUACCGUCCUCCUACAAAGAUGACAAGUUUCGGGCUACCCAGGCUGUGGAGAUAUUGGCCUUCAUCCUGUACGUGAUCGCACCAUUCCUCAUUGGGGCAUUUGUCUUCUUUGAGGCGACCAGGAACCAGAGGAUGGUCAUAGUGUGUAUGGUCGUCUGUUUCGUUAUAGGAGCCUUGCUUGGCGCGGGGAUGAUCGUGUGGAUGGUUUACGUCCAGUCACAGGCCGCAUUCAGCGCUGGCUACUCCAUGGGGCUGACAAUUCUAGGCGGGAUCCUCGCUGUGUUUGCAGGACUUCUCUUCAUUCCGGAAACGGGCGAGGAUUACGAAUUCGACGACCGUGUAGUCAAAGCACGUGGUGCAACUCCGCAAUAUUCACGUCAUCAUUCGUCACGUCGCGUGAACGUGAGGUCUAUAUCCCCAUCUGACGAUUCCUCGCGUGGAUCGACGCCCGAUUACCAUUCCUCACGACAGACUAGGAAGACUUAUGAUUCCAUGCCAUCUCCCAUGGACACCCCUAAAACGUACGACUCCAUGCCUGUCCCUAUGUCACAGACUGUCUAUGAUGACGGAGUCUCCACAGGAAGGAACUUCCGGCCGCCGACAUAUAACGACGUGUCAGGCGUUACGCUGCAGCGAGACCGUGUCGGCAUAUAAUACAUAAAACACUUUACAUCAUUUACAUCUUCAUCAUCAUUGCCAUAUACAUGUUAACAUUUGAAGGGA